AUGCAGAAUUUGUCCAUCGCCUGCUUGAAAGCUUGCCACUCCUCAACCCAGAGCCUCCCGCGAGUUCCUUCUGCACUCCAGAACGCCCAGCAAGCCACAUGGUGGACAAUGACUAUGUGUUCGAGACUGCUCCAUGGUUUUCAUGUGUUGCGCUCGAAGCUCCGUUUAGACAAAGAGUUGUACUAUGUGACGGGCCGCCCAACAAAGAUGUUCCAAGUCAUGUGCUUUAUCCUUAUGACGGCGGAAUUUGGAUUUGGCGACUUUGCUUGGCGUUGUGAAGAAAGAAUCAACUGCUGCUUGUCGAGAUACUCUACGACAUUUGAUCGUCGGACUUCGCAUUUUGUGUACUUACAACAAUCGUCUCUUCAGACUUCUAUGCAAAGCUGGCUCUUUGCCUUACGAUCCCUCGAUUUACUAUUUCUCCAGAAUCUCUCUCACGUCAAGAUGUCAAACUCACGCCCGAAUCGCGCACCUCUGCGCAUUACCCCCACUCCUUUCAAACCCUCUCUUCUUUCCAUCCCACCGUCUCCGUUUUCACCACGCACACCACUUACACCAGUCGGUUCUCUUCGAAGACCUUCCUCUUCUUUAUCUUCCUACGAGAGUAGUUACCCCAGUAGCCCACCCCAGGCUACCACGAAAAAGUACGUGGCCGCACCACCAGCAAGUCCCCUUUCAUGGCAAUGGACAUGCCACCAAUGUGCGCAUUCUUACCCUCUCGCUGCAACCCGCCGCUGUCUCGACGAUGGCCAUCUUUUCUGCUCUGGCACCACAACCGUAAAAGCAUGGCGGAAACCAAGUGGCGGGCGCAGAGUGAAAAGACAUCGAGCAUGUGCAAGUGAAUUCGACUACAGUGGAUGGAAGGCCUGGACCCGAUGGCGACGUGAUAUUCGCGAGGAGAAUAAAUCACAAAACCGUCAUCAUUCACCCGAGCACAAAGCGUCAAGACGCAAAGACUGCUGGAAUAAUUGCAGUUACCCCUCGGAAUGCCGCUGGGGCAAGAAAUAUGGAGUUCGCACGCCCGUAGAAUCCGUUUUUCCUAGCACUGACCUCGCUGAAAUCUCAACCACAUACUCCUCUUCGCCCUCAGCACAAGAAGCAGAAGCAGACUCCAUGCCUACGCUUAAUCGAGCCUUGGAAAAUGUUGUCUCGCCCACCCUGCUCGCAUCAUCCCUCGAAACCAUAAGAACAACAACAACAACAACAACAUCAAAUUCAACUUCAACUUCACGAACAAGAACAAGCAAAGACGCCGAAUUCUGGACCUCCCUCAUCGCAAGUUCCGAACGCCGCAAGAAAGGAACAUCGCACAUUGCCAGUCCUCUAAGUGUAGUGAUGGAGGAAAUCUGCGACGACGCACCAAGCUCUGCAUCUCACUGCUGUGUAGCAACAAAUGGUACUGACAGCAAGGACACGAACACAUCAACCACAACUUCAACACCCUCUGCGGCUCCAACCUCAACCUCGACCAGCUCGAAAGUAAUACCAAUUAAAAUGCAGCCCCCGCUCCUGGAGCUAGAGUCCGUCCCUCCUUUAACUAGCUUUGUCAUCCCACCUUCACAUCCCAUAUCUUUCACACGCUCUUCUCCACCACCCACUGAUCCGCCUUCGUCCCGCAUAACCCCGAUUAUCCUGCAAGCGCUGUGUUCACGGAAGAAGAAUGGUUCUGCUCCGCUGCGCGAUCGCCGGCGCUCUUUGGCCUCAACUGCGAGUUUGUAUUUGGGCUCGGGUUGGAAGGCUAGGAGUGUGAGGGUAGGGCAGGGGAAGAGGGGAAGGCAGUAG